GUAAGACUCAGCGUCGGGCCAGACAUCGCAGUUCCCAGCAACAGAUCAGACAUCGCAGCUCCCAGCGACAGAUCAGACAUCGCAGCUCCCAGCAACAGAUCAGACAUCGCAGGUCCCAGAGCAGCUCCCAGCAACAGAUCAGACAUCGCAGCUCCCAGCGACAGAUCAGACAUCGCAGGUCCUAGCAACAGAUCAGACAUCGCAGGUCCCAGCAAUAGAUCAGACAUCACAGCUCCCAGCAAUAGAUUAGACAUCGCAGCUCCCAGCAACAGAUCAGACAUCGCAGCUCCCAGCAACAGGUCAGACAUCGCAGCUCCCAGCAACGGAUCAGACAUCACAGCUCCCAGCAACAGAUCAGACAUCGCAUGUCCCAGCAACAGAUCAGACAUCGCAGCUUCCAGCAACAGAUCAGACAUCGCAGCUCCCAGCAACAGAUCAGACAUCGCAGUUCCCAGCAACAGAUCAGACAUCGCAGUUCCCAGCGACAGAUCAGACAUCGCAGUUCCCAGCAACAGAUCAGACAUCGCAGGUCCCAGCGACAGAUCAGACAUCGCAGCUCCCAGCAACAGAUCAGACAUCGCAGUUCCCAGCAACAGAUCAGAUAUCGCAGUUCCCAGCAACAGAUCAGACAUCGCAGCUCCCAGCGACAGAUCAGACAUCGCAGCUCCCAGCAACAGAUCAGACAUCGCAGCUCCCAGCAACAGAUCAGACAUCGCAGCUCCCAGCAACAGAUCAGACAUCGUUGGUUACAUUAUACACGGUGAGACGGCGGCUGAGGGGAGCAGCCUUCGUCUCACCAGUCACCAUAGUCGUCUCACCACGCCUAGCUCGUCUCACUAUAACGUUGACUCGUCUCACUACUCUGUUCAACUCGUCCCACCCCGCCUAACUCGUCUCACCAUAACGACUUAA